CAUAAUGGGCCGUGUCUAUGAAUUCACAGAGACUUCAAAAAGGGCUUUUUGUCUGGGGGAGUCUUAUGAAAACCUCGGGUGCUAAAGACCAAUCUCUUGCAUUUCAGAUUCAAUGGCUGGGGCAGUUGAUCAAGCAAAAAUGAAGUUUUCUAAAAUCGUAAACAGUCGCUCAUACACACGGUUUAAUCAAAAUCCUGAUGGAGAGAACAGCCGUGUGGAGGUGAACCUGUCUGUGGACACUGAAGAAGAGGAGAUGGAUGGUGCUGAGCAGGGUCACGUACAGCCCGAGACAUACAUGAGACCUACCAUUCAUCCGGGGUCAUGGAACAAAUGGAGAAUUUUUGUUGUAGUCGCUGUUUUACUGGUCAUCUUCUGUUUGGGUUCACUCAUUGGCUACUCUUUCCAACCUAAGCCUAAGACGGCCUCCUGCGUCCCAAUUGUAACUAAGGAACGGACUUCAGCUCCAGAGGUUUAUGAGGCUCCCGAGUCUACUAUGGAUUGGAGUGAUGUUGUUGAACUUCUGAAUAAACAGCUGAGCCCUAAAAAACUUGAGGACAUGAUGAGUGAGUAUUCGGGUGCCGGUAUGGCAGGAUCAUCUGAAGAUAACGUUUUGGCUGACAAAAUCCAUGACUUUUUCAAGACCUUGAAUAUGGACCCAUGGAUUGAUGAACAUUUUGUGAAGCUACAGUAUCCUGUCAACAAAACAAACAAAGUAUUCUUCGAUUCAAAGGAGAUUUGGAGUCCAAAAGGGUUCUUGGCCUACAGUAAAACAGGAAGUCAACAGGGCAGAGUUGUGUAUGCUAACUAUGGUGAGCUACAGGACCUGGAGAUCGUGAACGCCAAUAAAGUCAAUCUAAAUGGCUCUGUUGUACUGAUGCGAGCUGGGAAAAUCAGUAUGGCACAGAAGGUUGCAAAUGUUGCAAGUAAAGGUGCUAUAGCAGCUUUGAUCUACCCAGACCCAGCUGACUAUGACAACAUGAAUCGGGAUACUGAACUUUAUGGUCAUGUCCACUUGGGAUCAGGUGAUCCUUAUACCCCAGGAUUCCCAUCCUUUAAUCAUGGCCAGUUUUCCCCUGUGAAUUCCUCCGGUCUUCCUGACAUUCUUGCCCAGACAAUCACUGCUUACAUGGCACAAAAAAUCUUUGAUAAGAUGGCGGGAAAAAGCGUCCCCAGUACUUUUCAGGGUGGCUUCUCCAGUUACAAGUUUGGAAGUGAGACUGACCUUCCAAUCACCGUAGAAGUCAACAAUGAACUUGUCGAUACCAGGAUCCAUAACGUCUUUGGAGUCAUCAAAGGGUUCGUGGACGCUGAUCGAUAUGUUGUGAUUGGAGCACAGAGAGAUUCAAUGAGCUCCGGAUAUGCCAAGUCUUCAGUUGGCACAGGGCUUUUGCUGGAGCUUGCACGAGUUUUUUCGGAGAUGAAGAAAGGUGGUUUCAGACCUAAGAGAAGCAUUGUGUUUGCCAGCUGGACCGCAGGGGACUACGGUAACGUCGGACUUACUGAGUGGCUUGAGGGCUACGUGACAUCACUGGACAAAAAAGCCUUCACCUACAUCAGCUUGGAUGGAGUUGUUACUGGUGUGGACUCUUUCAAAGCAUCUGCUAGUCCUUUGUUGCACACUCUUCUGCAGAAAACCUUGGAGAAGGUAAAAGAUCCAGUUAAUACGGGUUCGAGUCUCUUCCAGACACUUCUCUUUAAUCUCAUCUGUUGUCAUUUUGUGCUCAGUCUAAAGCCCAUGGAGAUGGAAAAUGGUGCAUAUCCUUUUCUGGCUUUCUCUGGAAUCCCCUCUGUAUCAUUUAGAUUUACAUCAACUGGGGCCAGUUCUGAUGACUACAAGUAUUUUGGAACUGCUCUGGAUGAUGAGAAUCAUCUAAAAACUAUGACUGGUCAGAAAUUGGGUGAGGUGUCUAUGGCUGCUGCCCAGGUGGCUGGGCAGAUGGCACUUCGCCUUGUUCACGACCACAUUCUUAAACUGGAUGUAACCAAGUAUGUCGAGGAGAUUGGAAAACGUGUCAACGCCAUUGUCGAUUGCACUAAUGACCUGAAGCGUAAAAAGGUCGAUAAAAGUGACUCUUUGUCAACACAGUGGCUGAUGUCAGCAAAGGGCUCUUAUAGUCGUGCCGCAUCCUCCCUACAAAACUACAUCACAAACAGUGACCUGAAAGAUAUGGAGAUGUCUCGUAUCAUUAAUAACCGUAUAAUGAAGGUGGAGCAUAAUUUGAUCUCUCCUUACGUCUCUCUGAGAGAGGUCCCAUUCCGCCAUGUCUUCUUCGGUAACGGUUGGCAAACGGCCUCAGACCUGGAAACCUACUUGAAAAGUGUAAGCAAAGGCGAGGCUACCCUGGACAUGGACCAGGUUUUAAACCAGUUUGCUCUGCUCACCUGGACCAUCCAGGGCUGUGCAAAUGACCUGGCUGGAGAAAUCUGGUCUUUAGACAAUGAGAUAUAAUGUAUUUCACUAUAACAACAACAAACCUGGCUUUUAGUGUCUCGAUAAACUGACAACAAACAUAAACCCACUGCUACCAAAUAGCCUUGAUUUGAGUUCAGUACAGCACUAAGCACUUAAUACAGUUGAACAAGCAUAUCUACUGUAGAAAAUGAGUUAUUUGACGCGGCUAAAUAUAAAAAGUUAUGAAUUUCACAAUUUGACUUUGAUAUACACAAAUUUGCAUAGAUAGGGUUAAUGAAUUCAAAUUCUUUAAUCAUAUGAAGUUGUGUAACUCUCUCUAUAUAUAAAGAUACAUUUCAUAUAUUGUAUCAUUUAUUUCAUCACUAUGAUAAAGGAGUCUACUAUUAUUUAUUGAAACUCCUUCACCAACUUUAAAGGUUCAAAUUGUCAACCCCAAGAUAAACAAGUUAUCAAGUUUGAUGCUGAUGCAUAAGUGCAUAUUGAGAAAUUUGACAUUUGCUGCUAUGUGAAAAUUGAACGGCAGUGGCACCUUAACCCCAAAUUGAUGCACGGGAUGUUUUUGCACCCGUUUAGCAGUGCUUGAGAACCUUAUUUAUUUAUUUAUCAGUGACAGUGUUCACUAUAAAAGUUUUUUUAUUAUCGGAAGCAGUGCCUUCCAUAAUUGUGACGGUUAUACUGUCAAUUCUUUAAAAGCAGCAUCUGCUACAGAAAUAAAAUGCAUGUUACCAACAGCUGUCAUCAGAAAUGUAUAUUGUUACGCAUGGAAAUACACCCCCAAAAAACAUAUAUAUAAUUUGAAUGCAGUUCCUCUUUUCUAAAUAUGUAGGAAACGAAAUCAACAAUAUUGUUACCAAAUGAUUAAAACAUGUUAGAGUUAUGGUGGCAGUUUACUAUAAAAAAAAGCUUAUUUUUGUUGGUGUGGAAGCAAAAUAAAUUGGUAAAAAUAAAAAAUUUCCAUUUUGAGCAACUCAAUAUUUAAUUGAGCAUUUCUGUGACAAAGCAUUUCUUUGUAACAUUUAUAUUUCUAUUGUAAAACCAUUAUCGGGAGCAGUGUCUUCCAUAAUGUGGAGUCUUUGAUGGUAGUUUUUGCCUACCAGCGUGUAUAUAUCGAGGGCAGUGACCCUCAUAUUUCACUACAGCGUGGAUCAAAUUAUCGGGAACAGUGUUUCCCAUAGUUUAUUUAUGUAUUUGUGUGUUUUUUUCUGCUUUGUUACUAUUUGAGACUAAGUAGGCCUACGCCGGACAAUCAUUUUUAGAUGUCAGUUGUGGUUUUGAUUUAGUCAUGCUUUUGUGUUUUAUAUUUGGUGUUCGGGUUACUUUCAAAAUGUCCUUUUUGAGUGUUGUUUGAGUUUGCACUUUUUUUGUGUUCCAAAGCAGGUGUUGUAAAAAGGAUAUGGUCUUUUUGUUUAAUGACUCGAAUGUGUUUUUUUUUCUGUUGAUUUUUGGUAGUGGAUCAAUGUAUUAAGGCACUUCUGAUAAAGCUUAGUGGACAUCAGUCACUUUGUCUAUUCAUGUGGCACUUACCAGAAAGUUACAAAGCUUUUUUGAUCUUUCAUAGCAUGUUAGUAUGUGCAUGAAAUUAAACUGAACAUUUCAGAGUGUUUUAAAAACACACUUUAGUGCACUUGAGCUAAUAAAAAUAACUAGGCAUUUCAACUGUUACUUCUUGCCAGUUAGGGUUUGAUUUACCAGCUUUAAGAUGAUCAAGGAUGUUUUGGGUGUAGGGGUGUGAAAUGGUUAUUUGUUGUUACACUGUAAAAUAUGUUGGUUUAACUUAAAGUAACCUGGUUGCCUUAAUUUUGAGUUUAUUCAACUUGAUGUUAAUGUUAAUUAACUAAUAUUUUAAAGUCAAAUCAACUAAAUUUUAAGGCUACCUGGCAACUUGAGUUAAACCAACACAUUUUUUUUUUACAAUACUGAUCUUUGUGUUCAAAAACUGUCAACAUUACUCUAAUAAACUUUAGCUUUACGCCUGA